GCGGUGUGCGGGCACGGGAAGGACUACGCGAAGCGCGUGGGCCGUUUCGAGUCCGGGCUGGCGGUGCGGCGCGAGGCGGGCGCCGCGGAGAGCAAGCUGAUCGAGGACGACGACACCCUGCAGCCCAUGAACCCCGUGAAGCGGCGGAAGACGACCGACGAGGAGGAGGGGGCGAAGGGCGUGUGGCGCAGCGAGGAGGAGCGGGAGCAGCAGCGCAAGCUGCAGCAGAUUUACGAAAAGUACAGCCAGUCGGGAGCCCAGGCCAGCGUCGGCCGCAAGGCCCACCGCGGGGUCGUCGCCGCGGCCACCGCCGCCUUGGCCGAGGAGGUCCUGGAGGGCGGGCAGUUGCCCGAGCUUGUGGCGAAGGCCGCCUGCCCCGCGGCGGGCGUGCCGGAACCCGACCUCAGCUCCGACGCUUGCGAGGUCGAGACGCCGCUCGCCUCCAGCCAGGCGGCGCUGCGGCAGGACGGGCCGCUGGACGCCCUGCUCCGCCUGGCUGUGGAGGCCGAGCUGGAUCCGAUUCUGCGGUUCCCUGCCCUCGCGGCCGAGGAUGCCGAGGUGGAGCAGGAGGGCGCGGAGGAGGCCGAGCCCGCGCCGGUUGGCGCGCACUUGGUGCUGGGCGCGCCGCACUCCGGCCCCGACUCCCGCGCCCACGCGGACGAGGGGGUCCAGCAGGUGAUCGCGGACCGCGUGCUGCACCUGGAGGCCGCCGUGCCCGAGUCGGCGGCCGCGAUCCUCGUGCCGGACGUGCUGGGCUCCGACCUCGGCUCCGAGGCGGCUCUGGAGGGCGAAGACGCCAGCCUGGACGAGCAGGUCCUGGAGAGCGUGGAGACGACCGAGUCCACGUCGGCGGGUGCGAGCCUCGGGCCUGACGUGGCGGGGGAGGUGGUGGAGGUGGUGCAGGAGUUGGCGGAUGUCCGCGAGGCCUCGGCGAGCGGGGCGCUCGACGGGCUCCUCAGAGGUCAGGUCAGGUUCUGCGUCAACUUUGGAGAAGGGGGGGGCAAGCCCACCUUUAUGCCCCCGUACCAGACAGCCCCCGCCUCUGGCAAGGGCGUGCGGUUUCACACUCUGCUGGCGGGGACCAUGGCCUGCCUUGCCUGGUCUGUAUUGGCUGCGGUAGCACCGGAGCACCUCGGCAACUCCUGGUACCCGAUCGGCCCGGGCGCCCUUCGGUCGCGCCAGGGCGUGGCGGAGUACGACAUCAUGUACUUCUCUCCCAUACAAGUCGGGGACGAGCGAAACACGCACUACCUCUACUUCAACACGGAGAUCUACAACCGGCAGUGGCCACAGACGAUGGUAGACCAGAUGCUGUCCCAGAUCGACGAGCUCAGGCACGUCGAGCUGGGCAUCUACCCCUGCACCGCCGACUUCAAGCAGAGGCACCGGGAGAGGGUGAUGUUCCACUGCAAGAUGGCGCUGGCGUACCUGGACUCGCGGGAGGCUCGGAUCGCGAUGAAGCUCUGCGAGGUAGUGGAGCCGUCCACGCGGUCCUCCGAGGUCUGGAUCGCACAGGACCCCGAGCUGGACCUCGGCCUGCUCCGCGUCACCCACCUCUCCGUCCUCGCCAGCGCGGCCCGGCGCGUGAAGUUCUACCAGAAGGCCCCCGCCCUUUGCCUGCAGGGACGUGGCAACGAGAUGGUCUUCUACAAGAACUUCAUGGAUGGUUACCCGGUCGUGGGGGCGAUCGAGGUCACGUCGCGGGCGGCCGUCCUCGCCCUGGCGACAGAUGGGGCGGGGUGCGAGAACAUGGCCAACGGCGCCGCGGAGGACCCCGACGACUGGUUCGCGCGGUGCCUGGGGAGCCUCGGCGCGGUCAUGAGGGAGGACACGGGACGGCGCGCUCCUCCAGCACGACAACCAGCCGCCGGGCGACAGGUGCUUCGACGGCUGGUGGGUGGCUAUGCACCCGUACAAGGACCUUGCAAGCUACACACAGCUGGCCUCCGAUCUGUCGGUCUCCAGCACCACGGCAGUCGGGCGUCGGCCGCUCGCGGAGUCACCGUGCGAUGAGCAGGCUGCCCAGUGAGUCGGCGGGGCCUGUGAGCUUCAGACAGAGUAGCUGUGCAUGCGCCCUUCUGGCCAAGCCAGGAGGGCGUGGCGUAUACACCGCUGCUGGUUGGCGUUGUGAACAACAUCGGCGUUGGCCACCUCCGCGGCCGUUUCCGGCGGCGAGCGGAAGAGGCCUCGAGACGUUGGGCCCUCGCCGCUUGUGCUGGAGGCCUCGACGGAGCCUCGAGGGCGGCCGUCGAGGGCGGCCGUCGCGGGCCCAGGCUGUGCUAGCUGCGAGCCCAAGGGAGGGCCAUUGCGCCGCAAGGUAGCGCCCUCUCAGGAUCCGGUGGCAGUAGCGCCCUCUCAAGAUUCGGCGGUAGGCGAGGGGGGGGAGUCAGAAGGAGGAGGCCUUCUCAGACGGC